AAGACAUUACAGUUUAGAAAGGAGAUGAAGCAACAUGCAAUGAUAAUGUCAGUGAUCUUACAUGUUGUGAUACAUAAGAAAAUAUAUUGUAAGUUUGAAACCUAAUGGCAUGCAUGGUCUGCAAAGCUUCUGGUGUGCAGGAUUACUUGUUACCUGUUCCUGGAGUUUAACAGAGCAAAUGACAUCUGAAGAUUUUCACUUACAGCUAGAUCCUGUGAUGUAAACAGCAAUGCAGCAUGUAUGUCUGAAAACGGAGGAACAUUUUCAGAGAGGAAGGGGAGGGAGGGAAAAUGUCUGUUGGGAAACAAGAAACCUCUUUUCUAAGGGUGGGGGAAGAAAUAAACAUACUGGCCUCUGAAAAUCAGAGCAGGAUAAUUCCUCUCUGCCUUUAUACUCCAUACAAAGUAAAUUCUGCCCAUCCAGCAAAGUCACAUAUUCCCCUUCUUGUCUGCAGGUUUUAUAUAGACACCUCCUGACACACAGUUUCCUCAGAUAUUCUCAUGUUCUUCAUCUUGCUCUGCAUGUUUCUCUUAUUCACAUUAUACUUUUUUUCCCCUUGUUUAUUGCUGCAGUUCUGGUGAGAGCAUAAUUGAGCUAACUGUGGUUUUGGUCAGUACUCCAGGAAUUUAGAGGAGGUGUAGUAUGUAUCAGUGCAGGAUAGAGAGACUCUAGCAGUUAUAUUCUGUAUCUGGGGGCUCAGUCUUCCAUAGUUUACCCUCCAGAGCAAAAACGUGAGUGUAUAUUUUCCUUAUGGCUACCUAACUUUGCUAGAGAUCUUAUUAUUGAAGGCUAUUGGCCUAAAUUAUAAAGUUGGAUUAAAAGAGCAUGGCUGCCUCGGUUGUAGGAUAACUUCAGAUCGACUCUUCUCAACAAUUUUCUUUUGUUUCUUCUAUGUACUCUAGCACUUAUUAAUUGUUGUUGAAAUAGUUAAAACUUGCUUUUAGAAAUAUUGCUCAAAUUAAAAGGUUACAGAAAUAAAGGUAGUUCACUAGUCCCCAAUAUAGAUGUACAAAUGAAAGUCCAGUGUGAUCCCUGCCAUGAAGAUUGUCUAGUCUAGAUUAAAGCAAGAAACAGCACUGGAGUGAAAACCAGAAAUUCUUUCUUUGUCUUCCUUACUUCUGCUGCAGUCAAUCCUUUCUUUUUCUUAAAAUACAUUAGUCCCAUGAUCUGGUAAUUGCUAACACGCAGAUUGACAAACUUCCUUUCCCUCCCUUCCCUUAGUGCCAUUUAAGUGCAUACUCUUGGGGCUAAAAUAGGAACUACAGACUUCCUAUUUUACAAGAAAUUGCAUAGGCUUCACUUGAAGGGGUGGGGUCUGCUUCUCUGAAAGUGGCAUUUCUGAUGCACAGAAGAUGCAGCACUUAUUUUGAAGACUUACUUGCCAAGAAAAUCCUGUGCUUGGUUGAUACCUUCUGUCUCCAGUUCUAGGCAAGUGUGGGUUUGCUGGUUUCUGCAUCAGAGGAUUCUGGUGCUGUGGGGGCAGGCUGGACAGGGAGAUUCACCCAUCAGGUUGAAUGAUCUGCCUCACGGAGAUCUCUGGGUCCAGGUAAGGGAAUGGCUUCCUUUCUGGGGGAAGCAAAAUGGCAGAGUCUGCCCUCAUACAAAGGCUUGUGAGUGACUGAGGGAUUCCUUAGCUCUAAUGACUAUUCAAUAUCAUUGGCUCAGCCAGUUGUUUCUCGCAUAAGGAAUUGAUGUUCAAGAGUCUGGAAGUCAAUAGGAAUUUAAAAGGAGUUUUUCCAUGCUCCCCUAAAGUAGAAAAAAGUCUCAGAUCCAUAAUGUACUUAAGUAGGUGAGUGCAUUAUGCUUUUGAGAGAGCAAUGAGAAAUGGCCAAAAGGACUUGAAUUCCAGUAUGAACGGUGUGGUCCGUGGUCUUGGAACUGCUCAAUCUACUCUCACUCUCUACAAUCACCAAAGAAAAUAGUUUCUUUGGUAUUAUGUCUACAAUUUUCAAAUUGUUUGGGGAGCAGCUAGAAAAGUAGCACGUUGAUGAAAAAUCUGAAAGUGAAUGAAUAUGGAAAUUCAACCACUAUAGCUCUCAGGAAUUAUGUGGUUGGAGAUCAUAUUUUUGAGGAAGGGUAAAAAACAGAACACUGUAGUGGCUCAUUAGGAAGGCUUUGAGCAUAAAGAGGAGAAGGAUAAAUAAAUUUGAAGGCUGAGUUCUCUUCACAGAUCAGGAAUGUUUCUUGUUGCUACUCAGCUGACAGAAUUCCUGCAAAUGUGCAUUCGCUUCAUUCUUUGCUUGUAUUGCAAGUUCACACAACAAGAAGACAUGAAUUUUGUCCUACAAUAAAUGCUUGGUAGAAGUUCUUUCUGAAUGCCACUCCAACACAAAUAUAAAAGAAGUUUCCUCAUUCAGUUUUACUUCUCUUUAUGUGAAAUGAAAACAAGCAGCUCUACAGUAAGCAGAAGACUAUGAUCUGAAUUAGGAUCGAGCCUGCAGGCAAAGGACAGUAUGAACAUGAAAGAGAUUUUCAUCCUGCUGCUGAACCUGUAUUUGGUCUUCAGUGUUCAAGCCAUUCGAGAGAGCAUCCCUAUGAAAAGCUUGAGCUGCUUGAAUGACUACAACUCACAGGUCACCUGCACAUGGAUGGAGCAUUCAGAUGCUCAUGACCUUGUUGGUAUGAUUCUUUACCACAGGGAUGAUGUUAUAAUGGAGAACAAGGAGAUGUAUUGCAAACGCCAGACAGAAAAUGACUUACAUGAGACUCCUGAUGUGUAUGUGCGCUGGGUUUGUCGCAACUCUACAGACUAUUUUGGAAUGGGGGUAGAAGAUAUUUAUGGCUUCAAACCUAAGAAGAUGCUUCAAGCAGAACUAAAUGUUGAUCUUUUCCAAAAUGUUCAGCCCCUUCCACCUCAGAACCUCUCAGUCAGCUUGAUGACAUCAGGAGACUUCUUGCUGACCUGGAAAACAGAUGAUGAAAGCCAAAUGCUGGGCAAUGCACUGGAGUAUGAAGUCACUUACAAGCGGGAAUGGGAGUCCUGGGAGGGAGCUGCCUCACUCUUGCUCUCCAACACCACUCACUGCAAUCUCAGCCGUGAGGACCUUGUCCCAGGGAGCAGCUACAUUGCCCGUGUGCGAGCCAGACCGGGGCAGGCCAGUGGCUUCUCUGGGCAGUACAGUGAGUGGAGCAUGGAGGCGUCAUGGAAGACCCCUGAAGGUGGCCUUCAGCCCAGGAACCUUCGCUGCCUCUUCAAUGGUGGAGAUCGUCUGACCUGCAGCUGGGAAGUGAAGAAAGCGAUCACCACCUCUGUCCUCUUUGGCUUGUUCUUCAGGGCCACUCCAUCAUCAGAAGAAGAGGAAUGCUCUCCUGUGCAUGAGAAGACUUUGCCCCACGUCCCGUAUGUGGUGCAGAGCUGUGAGAUCCUUGUUAGCAAUUCCAGCAGCCAGAGCCAGUACAAUGUGUCUGUCCGAGCCAAGACGGAGGAGAAACUGAUUGAAAGCUACAAGAACAUUCAGGUGCUGCCGCCUGCAAACGUGUCAGUAAAAGCAACAGAGAACCAAGAGUAUGAACUGAGAUGGGUAAAACACACUCUGGGAUACAACUUCAUAACACAGAGAUAUCAAGUUGAAUACUGGGAAAACAACCGAUAUGAAAAGACUCUCCAGAAGUUAAGUAUCAGCAAUGACGAACCUCCUUUCAUCUUCACUCUGCAGAUGCUGGCAGCAUCUACAGAAUAUAGGGGGAAAAUGCGCGCAAGGGUGAAUACGCCCCUGGAUUAUGAGGGGCCUUGGAGUGAAUGGAGCGAGGAGUUCACCUGGAAGACUGAGAACGUUCUGCCACCAGUGGUUCUCCCAGUGAUGCUCCCAGCUCUCAUCAUCACUUUGCUAAUAGUUGCUUGUUGCAGCUAUAAAUAUUUCCUCAGGAAGAAGAAAAUGUGGGAGGAAAAUAUUCCAAACCCCAGAAAGAGUCUCCUGAUCCAGAGCUACGUGGGGAAAGCACAGUUGGGAAACUGGCCAACAAACAACCAGCUGGACUUCAACAAAUACAGCCUUUCAGAGAAGACGGAGCAGGCUAGUUUCCUUCAAGUUCUGGACAGGCAGGUGAAGACUUUGGCAGAGUGCCCUGAAGGGCAGACUGAAAAGACAGAUGUUUCCCUUGUUGCACCAGACCUACAGAACUCAUACCAUGCUUUAAAUGAGGCAGAGCAUGCCCCAGUUUUCUGUUCUAGUCAGAUUUCUGGUCAUUCCUUUCCUGUUUCAAGGAAAAACAGUGCAGAUGCAAGUAUUGCUUCCCACACAGCAAUCCCUUGCUUUGCUUUCAAUGGUCCAUACUUGUACAAUCCAGUGAUGUCCUCCCACCCUGAUAUACAUCAGUCCUUGGAACUGGACCAGGUGGGACUCUGUAAGAAAUCAGUUUCCCUUCAGUAUGUGACUCUCCCAAGGGAAGACUGUCCUCAGGCUCCACAGAGGCAAGAAGAGCCAGGAGCAGGUCCUCCAAAGCCCUACCUACUUACAGAUCAGAAGGAAAUGAUGCAGCACCUCAGUGAUAAGGAAGAAGUCUCACCGGCCCCACCAGCCUGUGGGAAAGGCACCAAGAUGGAAACAGAAGAAGACAGCUCUCCAAAAGCUCUCAGCUGUACCACAUCUCCUCAGCAGUGUCCCUUGGAGUACAUCACCACAGAGAGCCUGUUACUGCCAUCAGCCAGUGCCUCCACCCAUCCUCCACUUGUCACUGCUGGGGAAUCACCUGGUGGCUCACAGGAGCCCCAGCCCCCCAGUGACCACUCUUGCCAUGAGUUUUCUCCUGGGAAAACUGGUGUCAUGGUCCAAGUUUCAGGUCAGGCACCAACCUCUUCUCCUCAAUUGCACCUGGAGAGGUUUGGAGACUAUCUUACUGUGCCUUUAGGCCUCAAUGGACAUUCAGAAGCCACAAAGAUUCCUUUGCCUGUCUUGCAGAAGGAAAAUGGUCUUCCUAGAAAGCAGCCUUUGUCAGAGGGUAACUUAGUGGUGUUGAACCCUGACAGCACUGAGCCAGUUUUCCUUUGCCAGGUCGGUGACUAUUGCUUCCACAGCCUAAAACCCAGUGUGAAGAUGGAUAAUGGUCAGGAAGACCACCAAGUCAAGAAACUUUCUGAGGGCAAGACAACACUUGGGAAACCUGUAUCUGAUGAGGACUCCAUCACUGGCAAGGAAAAGGAUGUAUCAAAAAUGCAGGCUAUUCAGCUUUUCAAAAUCCUGAAAUCAGAUGACUACUUUUCCUGGCAGCAAUCUUUGAGGAUUAAAGAAAUCUGUUAAAUGGGCAAAUACUAAUCAAUACUGAAGAGACUGAUAACUGAAAGAGGCUGCAACUGUCUGAUGAAAAUGAACCUUCAAACCAAGGAACAAAUAAAUACCGGUUUCAUUUUCAAGCUUCCAGUCCAACAUGUGGAAAAACCUGAAGUAGCUCAGUAUCAUUCUCAGUGCUCUUCACACAUUCGGCAUGAAAUACAUGUAUUUGCCUUUGGUGUUUUUUAAACUUUUUGACUUAUCCACAAUGAGCAGUUUAUCCUCCUUGUGAUCCUGUGACAGAUCACAAUCAUCUUGCAAUUAUACCGAAUUGCCUGGCAAAACCGAUGGCAGGAAAUGCAGACUUAACAGAAGAAGACGAGCUUGGACACCUUGGAAAGAAAACUUAAAUUCUUAAGAGCAAUUUUGUUGAACUUCUGUGUGUUUAUAAAGUAGAUCUAAAAGUCACCAAGGAACUUUCAUAUCUCUGCCUUUCCACUAUGGCAUGAAAUAGGUAUUGUCUAAGGCAAAAAACUCCCCAAAACCAAAAAACAGGAUAGUAAAGAAGGGUAACUAUAAAAUGUGAAAAAAAAAUGUUGAAGUCCAGGAGAGCUUUCUUAAUGUUAAUGUGCAGUGCAUCACAGCAAAUGCUAAGGGUAAGAAGGUAGCGCUAGUGGGAUACAUAAAGUAGGCUGUAGAGAACCAUUUGGAAGAAGAAACAUGGCUGAAAGAAAACCCAAGGACUCUUAAGGUUCAGUGAGAGAGAGGGAGUGGGGCAGGUAACAGAAAAUGGCACGCAAGAAAUGUUGGGAAGCUGCACAAGUUUAAAUCUGCUGCAGCUUUUCUGUUUAUAAGUGUUAAAAUACCAUAUUAUUUUAAGUUCAUUGACUGUUUAUACAUAAUAUUCUUAAUCUUAACUGUGUAAUCGAUUCUUUGGUUUUUUUUUCCUGAGUAAUAAGAUGUGUUGAGAAAGACAAGACAUUUUUUCCCAGUUUUACUGUAAAGAAAGUGAUGUAAGGAAAGAGCCUUUGUUCAGAGCUGUGACUUUGUGACCAGCUAGAUGGCUUUGAUUUCAGACCUGAAGGUGGACUUGCAUUUAAAAAAAAAAUUUAUUUUUUUCAAAUAUAAAAUCUGUACUAAUAAAAAUAUUAUUUCUUCAUAUAAAUAUUUCCUUUCAUAUGUUAAAAUAUUGUGGUUACAAUAAAAUUACUAUUAGCUUGUUUGAUCAGGCCUCAAAAAAUUCUGUAUG